CGUUUUCGUAUCCUUGUCGUGGGCAGAGCAAAUGCAGGUAAAACAACUAUCCUGCAGAGGCUCUGCAACACCACAGAUCAACCAGAGGUUUUUGAUGGUGAAGGAAGGUAUGUGGAAUGUACUGUAAUUCCUUGUGCCUUGUCAAUGUGGUUGGCUCGUGGACACCACAACAUUGAGUAUGAGAUGGUGUUUAAGAGUAAUCCUCACUUUGUUUUUCAUGACUCCUGUGGUUUUGAAUCUGGCAGUGAGGCACAGUUUGAGAAGAUGAGAGAAUUUGUAAUGGAUUGUGCCAAGACCCCCAAGCUGGAGAAGAGGAUACAUGCUAUCUGGUUUUGCAUUCCAUUGAAUGAGUGCCACAGGAUGGUCUUAGCUGCUGAAAGGAAGUUUUUUAAUGAAUGUGGCACAGGCCAUGUGCCUGUGAUUGUGCUGUUAACAAAGGCAGACACUUUGGAGCUUGAUGCCAUUCAGGAGAUUGAGGGGCUACAGUUAGAGAUAGGUGAAGCAGAUAGAAGGAUAAGGGUUGCUGAGAUACAGGGAAGGAUGGUGGAUGAGAAUCUUGCAAAGGUGAAAAAGUGGUUGAAUGACAAUACAGGAAUGCAGCAAGAAGGAGCAGAUUUUACUUCCCUGCUGAAAUGUACAGCAAAUGCCCUGAAUGAAGAAAGCCAGCAAAAGCUUCUUAUAUCAACACAACAGUCUGGUUUGGCACUCUGCAUUGAGUUUGCUGUAAUGAAGUAA